AUGGCACACAGGUUUUGUUUUGAAGCUCUUGACAGGACAUUAAGAGAUAUUCUACGGUUUUCUAAUCCAUCAAGUUGUGAGCAACCAUUUGGGGGUAAAGUCGUUAUUUUUGGAGGUGAUUUCAGGCAAAUUCUUCCUGUUAUUCCUAAAGGGACAAGACAAGAUAUUAUUUUUGCAACUAUUAAUUCUUCUUAUCUUUGGAGUUCUAUUAAGGUUCUUACUUACAAAAAAAUGAGGCUAGAAACAGGCUCAUUUAAUUACAAUCUAGAAGAGAUGAGAGAGUUCUCAAAGUGGAUACUAAGUGUUGGAGAUGGAGAUGCCGGUGAGGAGAAUGAUGGUGAAGAAAUAAUAGUGAUACCUGAUGAAUUUCUCAUAAAGGAAUCAACAAAUCCAAUUGCAUCAAUAGUGGAUAGUACGUAUCCUUCAUUGUUAAGUAAUAUUCAUGAUUUGCAAUACUUACAAGAAAGAGCGAUUCUUGCUCCUACUCUUGAAAUUGUGGAUGCUGUGAAUGAAUACGUGCUUUCAUUGCUUCAUGGUGAAGAAAAAGUUUAUUUGAGCUCUGAUAGUGUUUGUAAGACGGAUGUGGGCUUAGAUGGUCCUGAAGAUGUAUAUACACCUAAUUUUUUAAACAGUAUUAAAUGUUCAGGAGUUCCCAAUCACAUGCUCAAAUUGAAGCAAGGUGCUGCUGUGAUGUUAUUGAGAAACAUAGACAAGUUUUCAGGUUUAUGCAAUGGAACAAGAUUAGUGAUCACUCAAUUGGGAAAACACAUACUAGAAGCAAAAGUGAUCUCUGGGAGCAAUAUUAGGGAGAAGGUGUUUACACCCCAUAUGGUGAUUACUCCAUCAGACUCCAAGUUACCUUUUAAAAUGCAACAAAGGCAAUUCCCGUUGGCUGUUUGUUUUACUAUGACGAUAAACAAGAGUCAAGGUCAAUCGUUAUCACAUGUUGGAUUGUAUCUACAUAGACAGAUAUUCAGUUAUGGUCAGGUAUAUGUUGCAAUAUCUAGAGUUCGAAGCAAGGACAGAUUGAAAAUUCUAAUUUGUGAUAAAGAUGGUUUGUUAUCCAAAACCACAAGCAAUAUGGUUUUUAAAGAAGUGUUUCAGAACUUAAAAUAG